GUCCCGGAGUGAUUCUCUCUGUCGGGCAGGCGGAACCGGCGGCCUAGGGCGGCCGUCGCUGCCUGGUCCCGGUGCCGCGGGAAGCCCUAAUCCCCAGAUCGGAGUUGUUUGCCCCCCCCGCUGUUGACGAGCUCUGUGGUUGGCUGGGGUGACGUGCGUGGGCAGCUGUAGUGAACACACAGUGAGUGCUUCCCACGCCUGGCACCUCGGGCUCCAAAGCGGGGAUUCCUCCCUCGCAGCGGAAUGCGCAUCUGGAUGCGCAUCGCAUUCUCGCUGGAUAAUUCCGUCGGUUAGUCCAGUUGUGGUGUGUGGUCGGAAUGUCCCUUUAUAUCUUUUAAAUCUACCGCUGUUCUUCCAGCAAAGCAAAAUGUCACAUCGGAAAUUAAAGUACUUAGGGUGGUCUCUUGCUGAGAACACAUUUUCAUAAUUAGCAUGUAAGAUAAAGCAUAAACUUAAAACUUAAUAAACAAUAUAAGUCUUCUGUAUUUCCUUACAUAGAGCUGAAGUCUGUAAUUUUGCCGUGAGAGUCAGUUUGAAAGUGUCUCUUGACUAAAGGUGCCAAAUUUCUGGGGUAAAAACCCCAACCUGACAGUUCCUAUGAAGCAAAAGCUUUCUGAUAUGUUACUACUAGAAAACCGUGGCUAGCAGCAGCAUUUUAUAGCAUCUCUUUUUUCAAUUAUUGUGAAUGUAAGUUUUCUAUUGGCACAUCUGAAGUGGUAGAAAACUUGUGAAAAACAUGGUACUGCACUUUCAUUAGUUUUUAUGUAGGGGUUUGCCUGGUCUGUCAGUUUCUGUCCGUUUCUGGACUUAAAUACUGAAUUUUCAUUAAUAAAGCUAGAUUGGUUUUUGAUGCCAGAUUUGUCAGUAGUGAAGAGGAACAGAUUCAUCUCAGUGUGAUUUUGCUGUAUAUUUCUGAGCUGAAGCUCUUCCACAUCUCAGAGUGAUGAUUCCUACAUGUAGCUUAAUUAAAAACCUACUUGUAAAACACAAGAUUUCCCUCUAUGGUCUAAAAGAUGAGAAAUGAAUGAAGCAUGAUGUUCCACUUGUUUUCAGCCAUUGAGGUUUAUGCUCACUUAUUGCAAUAAAAGAAAAACAAGGUAUUUAAUUCAGGAAAAUCCUAAGUGUGCAAUUAUAUUUUGACUGCUCAGUCUCCUAAAUGGUUAUAAUUAGGUAGGAAAUUUUUCACUUCCCAUUGUAUAGAGCAAAUUCUGUAUGUUCUACUCAUUGUAGUCUGGGUUUGAAUUAUAUCUAAUUAAUGGUUAGUAAAAGUGGGUUUUGUGUAUGGUGACCUCUGUGGCAUGUAUUAGCAUCCCUGUAUUACAGAGGUAGGAUAUAGCAACUCAAGGAGUAUUGUAAAAUAGCGUGAAAAGAGCAAGAGUUUAAUGUAGAAUUGCUUUGUAAAUACAGAUAGAAUAUUGGAGAAGAGCAAAGUAGGCUAUUUUUAGGAAAGUAUAGUAACUGGAAGUUUGGGCUUUAUGAAUUUGUUCUGCUGUUUGUUCCUGGUGGCUGGACUAUGUCACUGUUCCAGGUAUGUAUUUUUGUCGGUCUUGGAUUGUCUUGUGUUUACUAACAUGGAAGAGAUCCAAUCUGAUCAGGCAAAAAUGCAUUUUACAAAAUUAAUGAUAGCUGAGCUUACUCAGAUUGGGGCAUGGUGGUUGCUGAACUUUGAUAUACAAUUAAAUCUCUCCUAUUCUGAGGUGAGAUUACGCUAAAGCCUUGUUCUUAUCCUUGUUGAUUAAUGAUCUAUAUUUACACAAGCCUGAUGGCUGCUUUAGUGCACCAUGUCAAAGACCAUGAAGUUCUAAAUUAGAAAUACCUAAUAAACAAUAGCACUGUCAUUAGAGGACUUUAUCUCUUAGUUUUAUUGCUACCACAGAGUAGACACAGAAUAAAUUAACAUACAGUGGUGCUCUCUCUGGUGAAUUUUUCUUAUUCUUCCUUUUACUGAGAGUGCUUGUAGAUGGAAGGCGAGCCUAAUCUUUGAAUGGUGAAUUCUGAGGAAGAAGCAGCUGUUGUGUUGAGCCACUUCUAACUGAGGACUGAAAAUGCGAGCAGUUGAAAGUGAGGCAAAGGCGAAAACCAAAGUCCGCUUUGAGGAAAUCUUCAGACACCAUGCUGGCCUAGCAGACACAAAGAAAUCAAAGAAAAAGAAGUUUGACUCUCAAGAGAGUAUUGUGCUUGAUACCUUUAGAAAUAAUAUUGAUCUAUCUAAGGAAAGUGUGAAUGAUGAAGCAAUUAUAAACAACACAUAUAAUCCUGAAGAAGAGAGCCCACGAUUUACAAAAAAUAAAUUGAGAGAGAAAGCGUCAAUUGCAAAGAAAAUAAACAAUGAUGUUGUUAGUGGAGAAGAGAACAAGCAACCAAAGUCAAACAGGAAGAAAAAGAAAUCGCUGUUACAAGAAGAAUUUAAUGAGGAGGAAGAUUUAUAUGAAACUAAAUUGGGGAGUUUUGAAGAAAAGACUAAUGGUUUUCCAAAGAAGAAAACAAGAAGUAAAUCUCAAACAGAUGUACCUCAUCAAGAAGGUGAUAGAAAGAUCAAAAAUUCCUUGACUGAAGUGAGAAAUGUGACUGAAUUAGAAGAGGAAGAGCAGCUAAUUCAAGCCUAUCAGCUGCAUGUGGCUGAGGAAGAGGCAAAUGCAAUUAAAAAGAAAAUGAGAAAGAAACUUAAAGAACAGAUGUCUGAAUCUACCUCUAUUGUUCAAAGGCAUGAAGUUGCACUGAAUAAUGAAGUGGGCAAAAAAAAGAAAAAGAAGAAAGAGCAAGCAGUUUUAAGUGAAGCUGAAACAAGUGCAAUGUCCCUUUCUGAGCUGCUGCAUCAUCAUCCAGAAGAAGGUGGCAAUGAAGGUCAGUCACCUGAAAGACUGUUUACAUCAGAAAGAAUGGAUAAACAGAAACCUAAAGGCAAGAAGGUUAAGAAGAAAACCAGAAAAGAAGAAACCAUGGAAGUUGCUGCAGAAAAUGAUGAGGAAAUGAAGAAUUCAGAAGUUUCAACUCAGUCUAAAUUUGGUUUUGGCGAUGAUCUUGUUUUGGGGGUUUAUAUCCAUCGAUCAGAUCGACUUAAAAUUGAUCACCUGAUAUCUCAUCCUGUGGUUAAAAUUCAUAUUGUUGAUCAGAGAAGUGGCUUAUAUGUGAAGAAGGAUUAUAGCAAGAAGGAAGAUUCAUCUUAUGAACAAGAAAUAGAGCACAUUCUUCCUAUAAUGACACAACCAUGUGACUUUAGAAAGUCUAAAUCAACAAUUCCAGAGUGGGAAGAGCAAGUAAUAUUUAAUGAAUGUUUUACUUAUUUUAUUCAAAACACUGAGGAAAACCCUCAGGUUAUCCUGUUUUUUGAGGUCCUUGAUUCUCCAAGUGUGCGUGAACUGAGAGCCAGCUCUGAUGUAAAAAUUCAGGAAGGUCAUUACCGAAAAAUUUGUUGGGCAUUUCUAAAGCUUGUUGGUGCAAAUGGAGUUCUAAACGUUGGUGGAAAACUUCGUCUGCAGUUAUAUUACCCACCUUCAAGGACCAAGUCACAUUUAAAUGUUGUUGAGGUUUAUGACUGGUGGGCAAAAUAUCCUAGAAAUCGUUAUCCGUCGACUUUAUAUGUAACUGUAAAAGGCCUAAAACUACCAGAUCAUGUUGGUCCUUCUUUUCACUCUAUGGCAGCUGUUCAACAGGAACAAAGUAAUAUAGCACUGUCAGAGCUCCAGAGAGAAGGACGUGAACCUUCUUCAGAGGAGAAAAAGGAGCCAUUUAAAUGGUCAAGAUUGCCUGGACAGGCUUGCCGCAUUCCCAACAAGCACCUGUUUUCCCUGCGAGGUGGAGAUAUGGGCUGCUUCUGUAUCCGCUUCUCUCAUGAUGGGAGAACACUGGCAGCAGCAUGUGCAGGAAGAAAUGGCUAUCCCAUUGCUUUGUAUGAAAUUCCUUCUGGACAGUUUCUGAGAGAAUUUUAUGGUCACCUUAACAUAGUGUAUGAUCUUUGUUGGUCAAAAGACAAUCAGUACCUUCUUACUGCUUCCUCUGACUGCACUGUCAGAAUGUGGAAAAUAGAAAUGAAGGCAGCGUCUGCAGUGAGAGUUUUCCCUCAUCCUUCAUUUGUCUACACUGCCAAGUACCACCCAGUUGCUGACUUGUUGGUUGUGACAGGAUGUUACGACUCAGUGAUUAGAAUCUGGAAUGCAAACGUGAAAGAAAUCCAUGGGCAGCUGCUGCAGGAGCUUGAUGGCCAUAAAAGUUUCAUCAAUACACUUUGUUUUGAUGCACAAGGAUACCACAUGUUCUCAGGAGAUAGUUCAGGACUGAUAAUAGUUUGGGAUACACCUGUCAAAGGAAGUUCUCCACAACUUUUUCAACACUGGAAGAUCAAUAAGGAAAUAAAAGAAAAUGAUAUUAAAGGAACACCAAUAAAUCAUUUGGAAGUGCAUCCGAAUGGAAGGCAUUUAUUAAUCCAUGCCAAAGACAGUACCCUGAGAAUUAUGGAUCUCAGAAUCUUGGCGACCAAGAAAUAUGUAGGUACCACAAAUUACAGAGAAAAGAUUCACAGCACCUUAACACCAUGUGGUACGUUCCUGUUUUCAGGAAGUGAAGAUGGAAAGGCUUAUGUUUGGAAUCCAGAAACAGGAGAUCAGGUAGCCAUAUAUUCUGACCUCUCCUUCACAUCUCCACUUCGUGAUGUUGCCUUUCAUCCACAUGAACAUAUGGUGUCUUUUUGUGCCUUUGGUCAAAACCAUCCAAUACUUGUAUACAUUUAUGAUUAUAAAGUUGCACAACAGGAAGCUGAACUUGUAAGAGAUCUCAGUUCAUCACUUACCACAGCUGCACCAAGAGGGCCACACUUCUUAAGCAGUUUUUCUGAAAUUCCUGUGAUGUCUCCAGCAGAUCAGUUUGUCAAUGUUGCAAGAGCAUCAAUGAGAAUGCAGAAGGUGAAACAAAAACUUGAUUCUGUUAUGGCAAACUCAAAUCUCUUGCUUCCUGCACCAUCAUCUCUGUCACCACACUCCAAGCUAAGACUACCGGGUGCUCUGAGUAUUCCACUGAAUCCUCUGUAUUCUUUCACUGCUGAAAGUGGGUGCUUCAGCCCAGUAGGAAAUCCUCUUAGUCGAACACUAUUGGGUAGACUACAGAAGAAUGAUGACAGCCUGACUGCACUGGGAGUGGGAGAAGGAAACAGUUGUCCACCCGGGCAAGAGACAGUAGUGGCUCUUUAUGACUACACAGCGCAUCGAUCAGAUGAGCUAACCAUCCAUCGCAGUGACAUUAUCCAAGUGUUAUACAAAGAUAAUGAUAACUGGUGGUUUGGCAGCCUAGCAAAUGGACAGCAAGGCUAUUUUCCAGCUAAUUAUGUGGCUGGUGAAAAAGAAUAUGAAGAACAGCCUUCAGGAUUAGUACCAGAUUCUGCUCCUCUCCUACCAGAAGGACCAACGGAAGCAGAGGAAGGUUCUCUGGCACUACAUAAGAUGUCACCAAUCACCAGUAAGUCAGCAGACCUGAAAUUUAUCUCAAAACAUGACACAGAUAGAGACUCACCUGCAACACAAGGUACAAAGAAAAAGAAGAAAAGGAUACAAAGGAAUGAGAGAGAAAAUCAGCACAACUUAAUGAGUGUCGAUACUCCUCUGUCAUCAGUUACAACUAAUGGUGUUGAAAACGAACCUACAUCCCGUGGUGAUGUGGAAUUGAAGAAGAGGAAGAAAAAGGCAGCGAGAGGCUUGAACUUAAGUACAAAUGGAAGGACAAAUAUUGCCUUUGAGCCCGAAUGCCAUGACGCAGAGGCAUAAUUUAUUUCUGAAUACUGGGGCAAUGUUCAUUACACGCGUUAAAGGCUCUAAUUAUGAUCUCUCUUCUAGGAUUAACAACCAACAAAGAAAUUAAAAUACUUAAAUAUGCAAAAUGGUACCAGUUGUGACUUAUCAAUGGUGCAAACCUGUUUUGGAUGACUUUUGCCCUGGGUUCCUUGAAAUCAACAGAACUUGGAGGCUCAGCUCCUCACUGGACUGGAAAAGAACUGAAACUGUCAAAUGCAAUGUUUCCUAAUUUGAUAUCUGAUUAAACUGUCACUUAGGCAUUUAUGUAGGCUGUAGGUCAAUCCAUUGGGAGCCAAGAAUCAAGUGAAAAAGUGUGAUCCAGAGCAAAACAAGCCCAACCACUAGGUAAGUUAUUAAAUUAGCAUUUUUAAUUGUGCUGUAAGUAAAAUAGAAGACUGUUCAUAAUGGUAAAAUACCAAAGGAGCAAUGACAUUAAGGCGUACCUGUAAACACAAGAUUUCAAAAAAUAUUUUCCUGGCAUCAAAUACCUGUUUGGACUGCAUUUUGCAGCUCUGAAGGGAAUUGUGGAGUAACUACCUAUGCAACUACACUGUCUUCAGUAGGACUACUUGUUCUUAUCAAAAUUAAUUAGUGUUGCAAAUUCCAGGCAGUUGUAUUUUUCAAAUGAGGUGUGCUGCACAUGGUAAAGAUUCAUUGCAGUUUUGUCAGAGUUCCUGGCUGCUUUGACAGCAGGGUUGCCAAAUAUACUUUCUUUUGUCUGAAUGAAAUAUUUCGUAUCCAACUAUGCUGUUUGUUUCAUUUUUAAUCCUUAUUUACUUGUAAGCAUCAUUAAUCUAUUUUUUUACUUGAGUAUUAUUUUGUGAACUUUUACUAAUAGCUUCACAAAUUGUCUAUGGUGUUAAAUAAUUUAUAUUUUAUAUUAAAUAAAACACUUUCUAUCA